AUGGCCCGGCCGGGGCGGCCGCUCCGCUCCGCGCUCCGAACAAUCUCCGGAGCCGCCGCGCUCCGUGCGCGUCCGCGGGGGGGCCGGGGCUGGGAAAAGAGUCCGCCCGGCCCGGGCAGGGGAGGGGGCGCGGCUGCCCCGCCCCGCCCGCGCCUUUGUGCGGGGGCCCGGGGCCGGACCGGAGAGGGCCCGUUGGGGGCGGGGGGAGCAGGCAGCGGCGGCUCCUCCGGAGCGCGGCCUGGCCCGCGCGGCGCCGACCCCUCGUCCGCUACCGGGCACCGGCGGAGACCCCGGGCGCGCUGCGGCCGCUCCCCCCAGCACCGCUGGUUCGGGGAGGCCCCCGGGCCGCGCUCCCCGCCCGCCGUGCCCCCCGCGGCCCGGCCGCUCCGUCCCGCCCCCCCCGCGCGGGGCCGCCGGCGCUGUGUUUACAUGCGCGGAGGGAUCCGCACAGCUGACAGCGGACCGCAGCCGGCGCUACUUUUUUUAAAGAGCCUCUCCGCGCGCCGCCAUUGGCUGAGCACUGGUCGCGUCACGCGCGGGGCGGGGCCAUCCGCCUCCGCGCGGCCGCAUUGUCUGCCCCGGCCGCGGAGCCCCCACGGCCCCGGCCCGGCCCCUUUGUUCGGGGGGAGCCGGGCCAUUGUCCUGCCCGCCGGCCGCGGGCAGCGCGGGGGGAAGGAGCGCUCCCGUUCCCGAGGGAGCGCCGCGAGGUGCCCGCCCCCGCGCCCCGGCGGUUACCGGGGCUCCCCCCGCCGGGGGUCCCACACUGGGCGGUCCCGGCCCCAGCAGCGGGGCUGGGGGGCGGUGCCGGGCGGGGGAGGGGCGGCCCCGCCGCAGCAGGCGCCGCACGUAGCGCACGUGCGCGGGGGGGCGGCCCCGCUCCCGCCCCCGGCCCGGCCCCCCGGCCCCGCUCCCGCCCCCGGCCCGGCACCGCCCCAGGGACCCCCGGCACCGACCCCCGGCCCGGCAUCGUCCCCGGGCCCCAGGGACCCCCGGCCCGGACCCUCGCACCGGCACCGCCCCCGGGCCCCAGGGACCCUGGCCCGGCCCCCGCACCGCCGGGGCUUCCAUGGCCCCCGAAGGCACAAAGUCACUCUCGGUACUUCAAGUCACCGGUCCAGAACGGAGCCAGCGCGGUGCUGUCACAUCCGACAAUGA